AUGACUACAAAACUCAUCACACUUCUUCUCAUUAUCUGUUUUGUUUCUGUUGUAUGCAGCAAAUUUGUUGCAAUGAUGGAUCAAUCGGAUGUCGAACCAGAAGACACUAUCGAUUUGGAAGAGGAUCGUAAAGUGUGCUUCUGCUGCCGAGCAUUCGUCUGUCGUCACCAGUUAUGUCCGUGUUCUCGAUUCACAGCAUUGUUCUAA